UCAAAAAGAGAGUCUCUCUCUCUCUCUCGGCUCUGCUCUGCUCUUCUUCUCUGGUGUGGUGGACGGAGGACUCACUUGUCUUCCUCACAAGUAGUAGUAGUAGUAGUAGUAGGUCUCUCGAACCAAAUCUUCUGUAGCUUCAAAUCCGAGCACAUAUACGGAUUCGCAAUUGAUCAUCACUAGAAGAAUCCGAUUGUUGUUAGGUUAGUUUUGAUCUCUUCUUAUCUUCUUUGCCGAUACUAAUAGAUGAUUGAUUAACACAGUGAGAGCUUGAUUUUUGAAGUAUAACACAGUGUCAAACAUGGAUUUGAAUUUCGUUUUGCUUCUCUGUAUAGCUUUGAUUUUCGUCGUUGAUACUACUAAGGGUAAUGGAGAUCAUCAUCAGGAACAAGUAGUUUCCAAUUUGACGGAUACUACUAGUAGAUUUGUUGGUGGGUCUGCUGAUAACAAUGUUACUGCUGAUUCCAAGAGUAUUAUUAUACAUCAUUCCAACAACUCGACCAGUGAUGAUGAUACACAGACACACUUGGGUGAUGGAUCUAAGAUGAUCAAUGGUGGAGAUACUACUACUACUAGUGCUAAGAGUGAGCAAGGGAAGGUAGCGAGUGAUGGAAGUGAAACCACUAAGGAGGAGCCUCUGAGCAACUCUUCAAGGAAGAAACAAGGCUUUCAUGGUGAAGAUUGUGAUCCAUCUAAUAUGUGUACUGAUCAGGAACAUGAGUUUGUCGCUUGUCUCCGAGUUCCUGGUAACGAUGCGCCUGAUCUCUCACUCUUAAUCCAAAACAAAGGAAAAAGGGCUUUGCUUGUAACUAUUGCUGCUCCGGGUUUUGUCCGGUUAGAGAAGAACAGUGUUCAGCUCCUGCAAAACGAAGACACUAAGGUGAAAGUUUCUAUUAAGAAGGGAGGGGCCAACGAUAGCGCCAUUGUACUAACAUCGAGCAAAGGCCAUUGCAGCCUUGAACUAAAGGAUUUGGCUGUAGCACAUGAAACAGAAAGCGAGGAUACAGUUUCUGUUUCUCGUCCUUCAGUCCUCAAUAUCCGUCCGCGGACACUCAUUGUCAUCAUCAUGAUCUCCUUCCUCGUUCUCACCCUUGUCGUCAUCCCAGUGAUCAUUCAUGUUUGCAAGAAAAAUUCAGGGGGAAACAACAAAUACCAGAGGCUCGAUAUGGAAUUGCCAGUCUCGAACCCAGCGGUGGUGACAAAAUCUGAUAAAGAAAGUGGUGAAGACGGGUGGAACAAUAACUGGGGAGAUGAUUGGGACGAUGAAAAUGGAGAUGGAGACGAAGAACAGCCGAAUACUCCCGUGUUGCCGCUGACACCGAGUGUCUCCUCAAGAGGGCUUGCUCCUAGAAGACUCAGUAAAGAAGGUUGGAAAGAUUAGUUUCACUCUGAUUGCUCUUUGUUUCCAGUUCCAUUCCACAGAGUUGAUAAUAGAAUUGAUAUGUUCCAGUUAAUUCUGAUGGGGGAGGAGAAUGAGGGGAAUGUUUUUGUUUCUGUCGUUUAAAGAUUUUUCCUUCUUCUUUUGUAGUAUACUAGUAGUAAGUACAGUGUAGAAACACAAACGUACGUUUCAGAACUGUUUCUUUUACACCUUUUUUUUAUAUGCAUAUGCCAAUAGUAGUUAAUUUCCAA